AUGAGGGCCAGAUCACCUUACUUGUCGGAGAUCGUGGCCUGGCGCCGGGCCUCCAGGGAGACCCACAGCCCUCAGGUCUUGAUACAGCACGUGACCGAGAUGGGCAGCUUGGAGAGGCCCUCGUCGAUUGUGGACUUUUCCGAGGUUUCUGAAAGGCUGCAGCGUGGAGAAGCCUUUGCAGAUGCUGCAGAGCGAAAAUUGUAUUUCUGUCGGUGCUGGUGCAAAAACCUGGGCAGAACAAGCCAUUUUGACGAACAUGUUGUCCGCAGCAUCGUCUCCAAGAACGUUGGGUAUUUGCUGACGGGCAGCCGUUCCGUGGACAAGUCCAUUCGGCACGCGUCCCAUCACAUACUUCAAAUUUACAGCAACGCCGGCCUGCACUUCGUGCGGCGCCUGGUCUCUGAAAGCAUGCUGCAUCAGUUGGGAGAGCUGCUGCAAGAAAAGCUACCAUCCGAAGAAGCCGAGCUCAAAGAGGUCUGGUUUCGCAUAUCCCCCUGCCUCAACCAUUUUGCCAACGUGCUGCGCUCAAUGUCAAGGCCUCAGCGGCAGAAGUGGGCAUCUCUGUUGGUCGAAGUCCUGCGUGCUAUGCUACCAGCGCCAUCCGGGGUCCAUAAGACCAUCCUUGCAGCUGUGCUGCUCCUUUGGCAAGCUGAGACAGUUGCGAAAAUUUCCAGAGGAAAAUCGGCAGCUGGUGGCCUUGGCGAAAUCGCCGAGGCUCCAAGGACGGUCCGAGUUCAGCAAACUCGCGGCGUGCUAGUGGCAAAAAAGGAAGCAAUGCUGACAAUGAAGCAUGAGCGGCGCAAGCCUUGCUCCUCGUUCUGCUUUAAUGCUGAGUACGUUUCCAAGCAUGCUUUUGAGGCAAGCCUCGAUUUUGAACAACUGUGA